AUGGAGGACGACAGAGCAGCGAGUAAUCUGGGGCCCGAGGUAGAGGAGGGGAUAUCAGAAGAGCCUGUUGCCAUCCCGAGACAACCCAAAAGGCGGUUUGUAGGAAGAAAGACAGCAGAGAAGCCGGGCGAGCAGCAGGUCGAUGCCAACGCGAACAUCGAGGACUCAAGCGCGAUACAAGUUGCACAGCCUCGCCGUACAGCACGCGCCUUGAACGCAAUACCUGAGUCGAUACUCCACGACCGGGAGAUCAACGAUGCGAUCGCCCUCCUGCCUCCAAACUAUAACUUCGAAGUUCACAAAUGCAUUCACCGCAUACGAACAUCGGGCGCGAAGUCAAUAGCGCUGCAGUUCCCGGAGGGCCUGCUCCUGUUCGCGACUACGAUAUCCGACAUCUUGACGCGUUUCUGUCCUGGGACUUCGACGUUGAUAAUGGGCGAUGUCACAUACGGUGCAUGUUGUAUAGAUGACUACACAGCACGAGCCCUAGGCUGUGACCUUCUUAUACACUACGCGCAUAGCUGUCUGAUACCGGUUGCUGUGACCAAGAUUGCAACCCUGUACAUCUUCGUUUCCAUUAGCAUUGACACAACGCACCUCAUCAACACGAUCACAGAGAAUUUUCCCACGGGAAGAACUAUCGCGCUCGUGGGGACUAUUCAGUUCAACGCUACAAUACAUGGCAUUGUGCCGAUACUGCGAAGGGAGGGCUAUAACCCAAUCGUCCCGCAAAUAUCACCGCUGUCGAAGGGUGAGAUCCUGGGCUGUACGUCGCCGUCUAUGACUAUCAAGCCAGGGCAGCUCAACGCAAGAGGCAAAGAAGAGGAGGUUGCCGAUCUGAUUCUGUACCUCGGUGACGGGCGCUUCCAUCUCGAAAGCGCCAUGAUCGCAAAUCCAACACUCCCCGCCUACCGCUAUGAUCCCUACUCACGGCGUCUCACCCACGAGACAUACGAGCAUGAUUCACUGUACGACCUUCGUCGGACCGCUAUUUUAACAGCUCGGAAGGCACGCACAUGGGGCAUUAUCCUCGGUUCUCUAGGCCGACAAGGCAACCCACACACACUGACGCUCAUUGAGAACGAGCUUGCGCGGCAGGGCAUCAAGUGUGUGAAUUUACUCAUGUCAGAGAUCUUCCCCGGAAAGCUAGCAAUGAUGUCGGACGUUGAAGCAUGGGUACAGAUUGCAUGCCCUAGAUUAAGCAUCGAUUGGGGCUACGCAUUCCCUAGGCCAUUGCUGAGUCCUUAUGAGGCUCUUGUCACGCUUGGGGUGAAAGACGCACCCUGGUUGGAUGAAGACGGUGUACAGAGGAAGGUUGCAGAGAGGGAAAAAGGGAGCCUAUAUCCUAUGGAUUUCUACGCGAAAGAAGGGCUAGGCCGGACGACGGUGGAUCAUGUUAGGGCCGUAGAGAUUAGAGGAUAG